GUACAGCAGCAGCCGCGCUAGAGGGAAACCUCUCAUAGCUGGCACCUCGUCGCGUUUCGCUAACUGCCCAACUCGCAGCGAUGGGGGACGCGUUUGGCGGAGACUUGUUCAGCGUCUUCGACGAGGAGGCGGACGAGAAGCCGCUGGGAGUUCCCUCGCCCAGGCAAAAGAAGACUCCAACCAAACGCCCAUAUGGAUGCGAGGAGACUGGGUCUGCAGCCUCAGAGAGGGGAGCCGGAGCCGAUGGGAUCGACGAGCUCAUCAGCAGAAAGCGUCUCAAGCUGGAGCGCAAUAUUACUUUUGAACAGAACCUCACCCAGCUCAUGCCCAGAGUGAAGACCGUGAGGGUAGAGACACUGGAGGGCUGCACGCACGAGGUGGCCAUCGCACAGGAGUCUGCUUACGAGACCCUCAAGCCCAGAGUUGGUUUGCCGGCAAAGGAGUAUCCGUUCCUGCUGGACCCGUUCCAGCGGGAGGCAAUCCUGUGCAUUGACAACAGCCAGUCAGUGCUGGUCGCCGCACACACGUCGGCUGGAAAAACCGUCUGUGCCGAGUACGCGAUAGCGCAAGCUCUGCGUGGAAAGCAGCGCGUGAUAUUCACGAGCCCCAUCAAGGCGCUCAGCAACCAGAAGUACCGAGAGCUACACGAGGAGUUUCACGAUGUGGGGCUGCUCACGGGAGACAUCACCAUCAACCCCAGCGCCUCCUGCCUCGUCAUGACCACCGAAAUCCUGAGAAGCAUGCUCUACCGAGGCUCAGAGAUAAUGAGGGAGGUGGCCUGGGUGAUUUUCGAUGAAAUUCACUACAUGCGGAACCCAGAGCGCGGCGUCGUGUGGGAAGAGACCAUCAUCCUUCUGCCAGACAAUGUGCACUACGUGUUCCUCUCUGCCACCAUCCCCAACGGCACGCAGUUCGCUGAGUGGAUCUGCCACUUGCACAAACAGCCAUGUCACGUAGUGUCCACCGACUACCGGCCGACCCCUCUACAGCACUUCAUCUUCCCAGCUGGCGGCGACGGCCUCCUCCUGGUGGUUGACGAAUUUCUCGACUUCAAGGAAGACAACUUCCUGCAAGCGAUGUCCCUACUGCGGGAAGGAGGCGACCCAUCCCGCAAGCGCAAGGGCGGCAAUAAAGGGGAAUCCAAUGUCUUCAAGAUCAUCAAACUGAUCAUGGAACGGAACCUGCAGCCCGUCAUCAUCUUCAGCUUCAGCAAGCGCGAGUGCGAGACCUACGCCGUGCAGCUUUCCCAACUCGACUUCAACACGGAGGAAGAGAAGUGCCUGGUGGAGGAGGUGUUUAACAACGCCAUGAGCUGCCUUUCAGAUGAGGACCAGAAGCUGCCACAGGUGCAACGAGUGCUGCCCAUUCUAAAGCGAGGUAUUGGCAUCCAUCAUGGUGGGCUGCUGCCUGUCCUGAAAGAAACCAUUGAAAUUCUCUUUUCUGAGGGCCUCAUCAAGGCUCUCUUUGCCACGGAGACAUUUGCCAUGGGCAUCAACAUGCCGGCACGCACCGUGCUCUUCACCAGCGCACGCAAGUUUGACGGCCGCGACCACCGCUGGAUCUCUUCUGGCGAGUACAUCCAGAUGUCGGGCCGCGCGGGUCGGCGCGGCAUGGACGAGCGCGGCACCGUCAUCCUCAUGGUCGAUGAGAAGAUGAGCCCCACUGUCGGACACCAGCUUUUACAGGGCUCACCCGACCCGCUCAACAGCGCUUUCCACCUCACCUACAACAUGGUGCUGAACCUGCUGCGAGUGGAGGAGAUCAACCCCGAGUACAUGCUCGAGAAGUCCUUCUUCCAGUUCCAGCAAUACAAGGCUGUGCCUGAUCUCCUGGCCAAGUUGCAGGCACUACAGGGCCGUUACGCUGCGCUGUCCGUCCCGGACGCGGCAAGCGCCACCUCCUACUACCACAUCGAGCAGCAGCUGCAGCGCCUGCACGUAGAGGCGCGCGCCAUCACACUGCGGCCACAACAUUGCCUACACGUGCUGCAGCCUGGCCGCCUCGUACAGGUCACACAUGGGAAAGAACACUUUGGCUGGGGUGUUGUCGUCAACUUUCAGCGCAAACCAACAAGCCAGGAGGAGUUCACCCUUGUGGUGGAGGCGCUGUUGCUGUGCUCGGAGGAAAGUGUGCGGAACGCAGCAACAGAGGCGCCACGGCCCCCGCAGCCCAAGGAGCGUGGGGAGCUGCAGGUGGUGCCGGUUGCGCUGGAGCUGGUGGAGGCGAUCAGCACAGUGCGGCUCUACAUGCCACCGGACCUUCGCACCCCCGAGGCUCGGCACCAUGUCCUGAAGACCUUGCAGGAGGUGAAGGCUCGCUUCCCAGACGGGGUGCCACUGAUGGACCCCGUGCACGACCUCGGGAUCAAGGACCCCGAGCUGGAGGCCGUGCUGCACAAGACGAGGGCCUUUGCUCAGAGGAGGCUCGCUCACCCGCUGCACACGAGCCCGCAGCGUGACGCCAUCCGCGACAUCUGUGUCAGCAAGGCCCAGGUGGCGGAGGAGGUGCGCGCCGUCAGGAAAGAGGUGCGCCGCGCACACAUGAUGCUGCAGAUGGACGAGUUGAAGCGGCGCAAGCGUGUGCUGCGCCGGCUCGGAUUCUGCACACAGGCCGACGUCAUCCAAGUGAAGGGCCGGGUGGCCUGCGAGAUUACCGCCGGGCACGAGCUGCUGCUCACGGAGCUUGUGUUCGAGGGGCUCUUUAACGAGCUCUCCCCCGAGCAGGCCGCCGCGCUGCUCAGCUGCUUCGUCUUCCAAGAGAAGGCCUCGGAGACGCCGAAGCUCGCCACGGAUUUGGCUGAACCUCUCCGAAAGAUGAAGGAGUGUGCGCGCCGUAUUGGACACGUGUCCGUGGAGGCCAAGCUGCUGGGAAGGGAGGAUGCGCUCCUGGAUGACAUCCGGCCUCAGCUCAUGGAUGUCGUGUACAGCUGGGCCCUCGGAGAGUCUUUCUUCACCAUCACCACCAUGACCGACGCCUUCGAGGGCAGCAUCAUCCGCUGUUUCCGGAGACUGGAGGAGCUCCUAAAGGAGAUGGGCAAGGCAGCGCAUGUCAUUGGAAAUUCCGAAUUGGAAGAAAAGUUUAAUAAGGCUGUCACUGCCAUCAAGCGCGACAUCGUGUUUGCGGGCAGCCUGUACCUGUAAUGCUGCCACUCACGUCACCAAGCCACCAGCCUAUACCCACAGCUCCAACCCUCACCCACAACCCCAAACCUCGCCCACAGCCCCAACCCUCGCCCACAACCCUUGGCCACAACCCUAACCCACAGCUCCAACCCUCGGCCACAGCCCCAACCCUCGGCCACAACCCUAACACACAGCCCCACCCCUUGCCCACAGCCCCAACCCUCGCCCACAGCCCCAACCCUAACCCACAGCCUCAACCCUCACCCACAGCCCCAACUCUAGCCCACAGCCCCAACCCUAGCCCACCGCCCCAACCCUCACUCACAGCCCCAACCCUAGGCCACAGCUCCAACCCUAGCCCACAGCCCCAACCCUAGCCCACAGCUCCAACCCUAGCCUACAGCCCCAACCCUCGCCCACAGCCCCAACCCUAACCCACAGCCCCAACCCUCACCCACAGCCCCAACCCUAGCCCACAGCCCCAACCCUAGCCCACAGCUCCAACCCUUACCCACAGUCCCAAUCCUCACCCACAGUCCAAACCCUCAGCCACGACCCUAACCCACAGCCCAAACCCUCGCCCACAGCCCCAACCCUAGCCCACAGCUCCAACCCUCACCCACAGCUCCAACCCUCACCCACAGCCCCAACCCUCGACCACAACCCCAACCCUCGACCACAACCCUAACACACAGCCCCAACCCUCGCCCACAGCCAAAACCCUAGCCAACAGCUCCAACCCUCGGCCACAACCCUAACACACAGCCCCAACCCUUGCCCCAACCCUAACCCACAGCCCCAACCCUCACCCACAGCCAAUACCCUCCACUUAACCAUUACCCACCUCCUGACCCUUAACCCACAGCUAUCUAAAUUAUGUAGUUGCCGCUGAGUGUUGAAAUGUCUUCGUCAUUUGGCAUUGCUGAUCUUGCUUAAAAGUAACGUAAGCGGUCAGAAGACAGCACAUUUUUUACAAACUCGUUUUAUGUAGAAGUGAUUUACAAUUGAGCCAACAGGAUUUGUUUUUAACAUUGUACAAAGGUUUUUUAAAGUCGUGCUUUGUAAAACACAUGCAUUCAAAGGGGCCUGGGAUUUUGUGGAAAAUCAGUAAAUCGCAUUGGUUUAUUUAGUUUGUGUAAUAAACACAUUACAACUGUCAA